AGUAAAUAUUGCUGGAUGAAUAUUUCCGGCCUUCCUGAUUGUUCCUGGUUCCUCCACAGAAGGGACCAGCAGAGGUCAAAGGUUCCCAGUGGUCCAUUUGCCCAGCAGCAUCAAACACAGCUGGACUCCAUAUUUAUGCUGCUGGAGGAAAACAUUGUCACUUUUGUGAAGAACGAGCUGAAGAAGAUCCAGAAGGUUUUGAGUCCAGAUUACCCAGAAUGCUCAGAGAGUCAGAGAGAGGAUAAUGAGGUGUUGAGAGGUGAUGAUGAAGUGCGGAGGAGGAGCAGCAGAGAGGCAGUGAUGAAGAUCACACUGAACUUCCUGAGGAGGAUGAAGCAGGAGGAGCUGGCUGACCGUCUGCAGAGCAAACAUUUUGGUCCAGUUUGUCAACAACAACUUAAAUCUGGUCUGAAGAAGAAGUUCCAGUCUGUGUUUGAGGGGAUUGCUAAAGCAGGAAGUCCAACCCUUCUGAACCAGAUCUACACAGAGCUCUACAUCACAGAGGGAGGGACUGGAGAGGUCAAUAAUGAACAUGAGGUCAGACAGCUUGAAACAGCAUCCCGGAAACCACACAGAUCAGAAACAACAAUCAGACAAGAAGACAUCUUUAAAGUCACACAUGGAAGAGAUCAACCAAUCAGAACAGUGAUGACAAAGGGAGUGGCUGGCAUUGGGAAAACAGUCUUAACACAGAAGUUCACWCUGGACUGGGCUGAAGACAAAGCCCACCAGAACAUCCACUUCAUAUUUCCAUUCACCUUCAGAGAGCUGAAUGUGCUGAACGAGAAAAAAUUCAGCCUGGUGGAACUUGUUCAUCACUUCUUUACUGAAACCAAAGAAAUCUGCAUUUUUGAAGACUUCCAAGUUCUGUUCAUCUUUGAUGGCCUGGAUGAGAGCAGACAUCCUCUGGACUUCCACAACAAGGAGAGUCUGACUGAUGCUACAGAGUCCAGCUCAGUGGAUGUUCUGCUGAYAAACCUCAUCAGRGGGAAACUGCUUCCCUCUGCUCUCCUCUGGAUAACCACACGACCUGCAGCAGCCAAUCAGAUCCCUCCUCAGUGUGUUGGCAUGGUGACAGAGGUCAGAGGGUUCAAUGACCCCCAGAAGAAGGAGUACUUCAGGAAGAGAUUCASAGAUAAGAAGCAGGCCAGCAGGAUCAUCUCCCACAUGAAGACAUCACGAAGCCUCCAUAUCAUGUGCCACAUCCCAGUCUUCUGCUGGAUCACUGCUACAGUUCUGGAGGAUGUGUUGAAGACCAGAGAGGGAGAAGAGCUGCCCAGAACCCUGACAGAGAUGUACAUCCACUUCCUUGUGGUUCAGACCAAAGUGAUGAAGGUCAAGUAUGAUGGAGGAACUGAAACAGAUCCACACUGGAGUCCAGAGAGCAGGAAGAUGAUUGAGUCUCUGGGAAAACUGGCUUUUGAUCAGCUACAGAAAGGAAACCUGAUCUUCUAUGAAUCAGACCUGACAGAGUGUGGCAUCGAUAUCAGAGCAGCCUCRGUGUACUCAGGAGUGUUCACACAGAUCUUUAGAGAGGAGAGAGGGCUGUACCAGAACAAGGUGUUCUGCUUCAUCCAUCUGAGUGUUCAGGAGUUUCUGGCUGCUUUUCAUGUUCAUCUGACCUUCAUCAACUAUGGUUUCAACCUGAUGGAAGAAACACAAACAUCUAAGAAAUCUUCAUUAUCUAAUAAACAUGAACCAAAGUCUCUCCAUCAGAGAGCUGUUGACCAGACCUUACAGAGCCCAAAUGGACACCUGGACUUGUUCCUCCGUUUCCUCCUGGGACUUUCACUGCAGACCAAUCAGAGACUCCUACAAGGUCUGAUGACACAGACAGGAAGUAGCUCACARACCAAUCAGGAAACAGUUGAGUACAUCAAGGAGAAGAUCAGUGAGAAUGUGUCUGCAGAGAAAAGCAUCAAUCUGUUUCACUGUCUAAAUGAACUGAAUGAUCGUUCUCUAGUGGAGGAGAUCCAACAGUCUCUUAGUUCAGGAAGUCUCUCCACAGAUAAACUGUCUCCUGCUCAGUGGUCAGCUCUGGUCUUCAUCUUAGUGUCAUCAGGAAAAGAUCUGGAUGUGUUUGACCUGAAGAAAUACUCUGCUUCAGAGGAGGCUCUUCUGAGGCUGCUGCCAGUGGUUAAAGCCUCCAGCAAAGCUCUACUGAGUUACUGUAACCUCUCAGAGAGAAGCUGU